AUGCACUUGAAAGCCAACCGGGAGGGUAAGGGAACUAAUCCGACAGCGUCCGAAUACGUCUUCUAUCAGGCGAACACCGAGAACAAAGCAACAUGCAGUCAUAGUAUCCAAAAAACACAGGUUCAGAUCCAAAAACAACAAGGGGGCACAGACGGAAAAACAGACAGGGUCAUAAAAGUCGGAGUGGUGCAUAUAAUGGAGGAUACAAGCCAGGGAAGCUCCAGCAGGAAGGUCAGAAACCCCCCGAGACUAAGGACGUUCCAACUUACAAGUAGGAAGAACCUGGGCCAAAGUUAUCUCUUCCGGUACAAGGUCCCGAUCAAUAAAACAGGGACUCUCGAUCCAAGCAGUUACAAGAAAGAUAAUCUCGACUCGCCAAGCAACAGAAGCCCCCACCACGAGAUGAACUCCUCAGAGUUAUCAAAAAUUAAUAACAUUCUCAAAGAAGUCAUUUACGGAACCCUAACCAAAUCUAGAUCAUGUGAGCCGAUUAGGAACCCAUCACAGGAGAAAAAACGGCGAAGUAUAAGCAGAAAUCAAGAUAAAUUCUCCCAAAGAAUAGGUAUGGGAGAUUUAGAAUCAACAAAUAAGGAAAUACUAACAUAUCUGAAGUGCCCGGCCUCUUCUGACCAGAAUAACAAUUCUCCAAGCCUAAAAAUUAUGAAGGCAAGUAUAAAAGGCGCCUGGUCAUUUAAUUUCCACGAAAAUAUCAGCAUAGAGAAAUUUGGGCGGGAUACAGAAGAUUUUCUAAUCCCCCCCGUAUAUAAGUGUGAAGUGAAAAGGCCUGACCAGGCGGUUAAGAGGCGGGGAAGACGGAGGAAGUAUAAUCUUUCAAAAUCCAAGAAGGAGCAAACCAGACUAAGGAAACACAGGCAAUAA